AUGUCUGCCUCCAUAGCUACCAACGCUGGCGUUGCCAACGCGGAUGACUCUGCGUCGACAAUUACUGUUAAUACCGCCAAACCCCCACCAAACAAUUUCCCGCCCCCUAAAACCGACAAGCCUCGCCCUCAUGUCUGCGGGACAUGUCAGCGCUCUUUUGCUCGACUAGAACAUCUCAAGCGCCAUGAGCGCUCCCACACCAAGGAGAAGCCGUUCGAGUGCCCUCAAUGUGCGCGAUGCUUCGCCCGCCGUGACUUGCUGCUCCGCCACCAGCAGAAGCUUCACCAAACAUCGACGCCUUCUUCCCGCCCACGAAAUCGACGCGAGUCUACCAGUGGUGCCACUCCCGCUCAGAGCCGGGCCCGAAAGAAUAGUGUGGCGAAUGCUGCAGCGAGUGCCAAUGCAGCGGCCAACACCAUGCGCCCCAGGGCCAACACCAUAAGCCAUGUUGAUCAGAACACGAUGCAGCUCAUGGCCCAAGCUGUUGCUCCCGCCAACAGAAUGCCGCCCACCCACAACCGUCAUCCCAGUCUUGCUGGUCUCCCUAUUCAUGGUUUCGACCAUACCUUCGCCGGCAUGGCUGCUGCCAUGGGUCAAAGGGGAACAUUCCAUGGCCUGCCCAAGCUCGAGACGGCGCAGCCCAACCUUCCCAAUGACUUCAGCAGCGGGUUGAGAACAGCGCCCCCCAUUGCCGCCCUGAGCCAUGACUUUGACUUUGAGCAGCUUCUAUACGGUGGCACCAUGUCCUCGACCAUAAACCCCAAUGCUCUCCACUACAAUGACUCGCCCCCCUCCAUGGCGCUGGACACCUCUUCAUUCCCCUCCUCCCUGACCGACAUGUCGGCGAGCCAGCCCUUCGAUGAUAGUUUUGACUGGUUGACAGGAUUUGAAAACCAAAUGUCCUUCAAUACCGAGAAUGUGGUGGAAGAAUCGAGCCCAUCGGCGAUUAGUACAACAAGCCAGAGUGGGAUUAGCGAUGUAAUGUUGGAUGGGUCAAACCACAAGGCACCGGCUGGAACGAGCGCCAUGUGGCAGGCCUCACUCAUGGCACCUCCCCAGAUGCCAAAUCCGUUUUCGUUGGAUAUCAAUGGGUCAGUCUUUCCGGAUCUCCUAAACGGGGCUCCUUUGUCACCUCAGCCAGCACCAGCUACAACUUCUCAAAAGACCAAUGACCCAUACUUGUCCACGCCCUCAUCCGCGAUGACCUCCCUCGUAUCAGGCCUGACAGCUCACCAAACCAUGAACCACACCCUUGGCUUCAACGCCCUCCCAGAAACGCCCUCCCCGCUGAGUGGCGGGAACCAUGGUGCCGCCUCGCCUGUGACAACAAUAACAGAGUCCACCAGGAUUACCAUCGUGAACGCCUUGUCCCAGUGUUUGCCCUUUGGCGGCCGUAAAUACUCAUUUGGUUCGCAGGGCCGUUCGCAAUCCCCGGGAGUCCAAUCCGUGCCCGGCCAAACACACAAUCUGCCCAGUACCCAGGACCUCCAGCGAUAUGUCAAAGCUUAUGUUUCUUAUUUCCACCCUCAUAUGCCUUUUCUCCAUCUUCCUACACUCUCUUUUGAUCCGCAGUCCUCCCAAAAUGUCCACACGAAUGGCGUAGGUGGUAGUGGUUGCCUAAUUCUUUCCAUGGCCGCAAUUGGCGCCCUUUACGAGAUGAACCAUACCCAGUCCCGAGAACUCUUUGAAAAUUCCAAGAAAUUGAUACUCUUCUACCUGGAGGAGCGGCGCAAGGCCGACGUGCGCAAAGCUGACGUCCGGCGAAGCACCUCCGGCGUUGACAGUUCUGACCCAAUGGACGAAGGAGGGAAGCACACCCCGGUUUGGCUUGUGCAGGCGAUGCUCCUCAACGUCGUCUACGGACACAACUGCGGCGACAAGACGGCAAGCGACAUCGCAUCGACCCACUGUGCUGCACUCGUCAGCUUGGCUCGGGCCGCGGACCUCUUGCGCCCAACGGAACCACAUCCUUCUGGACAGGACACUGCCAUGGAUGAUAGCAGCUGGAAGAUCAAGACGGAGAGCGAAGAGCACGAGGAGUGGCUACAGUGGAAAACCUCGGAGGAGCGUAAGCGAACCCUGUUUACUGUUUUUGUCUUGUCUAGUAUACUUGUAACUGCCUACAACCACACCCCAGCUCUGACCAAUUCGGAAAUCUUCCUGGAUCUCCCCUGCGAGGAGGAAUACUUCGCGGCUGAGUCGAGUGUUGCUUUUGCCGCCAAGGGUGGCGUCGCAGCUGCCAACUGUAACACUCUGACCUUCCAUGACGCGCUUGGCGAACUGCUCCGAACCAACGAGAGGCAGCAACAUAUCAUGAACGUCACGGGCUUUAGUCCCACUGAAAAUGAGCUACCCAAGACAGAUAUCAAACCGAGCACGCUUGGAUGCCUCCUGCUCAUCUAUGCCCUCCACAACUAUAUUUGGGAGACGAGACAGCGACAUCACAACAAAACUUGGACAAACGAGGAGACGGAGAAGAUGUACCGACACAUCGAGCCAGCUCUCAAAGCCUGGCAAACUGCAUGGGCAAGCAACCCCCACCAUAGUGUUGAGCUCCCGAACCCAUAUGGCAUGGGCCCACUAUCUGCCGAUGCUAUUCCACUUCUUGACCUUGCGUACGUGCGCCUGUUCGUGAAUCUCUCAAGGUCUAAGGAGAAGUUCUGGCAGAGGGAUUGGGACGGCGUGGCCGAAGAGUUGGCACGAGGCUCUGAAAUCAUCCAGCACGCCGUUCAGUCCCCACUCGGCUCAGACGUCAUGGCUAUUGAGGAUAGCGACAAGAAGCAAGUUGAUGGCCUCAACAGCCACGGCAUGUCUCGCCGCGAGAAACACCUUCGGAAAGCUGCUUCGUAUGCCGCGGACUCCCUUGCCAUGUCCAACAAACUUGGUGUAACAUUUGCCGAUCUGACCAGCCGCGAGUUGUCACUGCAGUCGGCCAUUUGUGCUUUUGAUUGCGCACAGGUCCUAGCCGAAUGGAUCGCAACGCUACAAGAUCGGGUUGGGCAGUACCUCGGCAUACUGGGUCAGGACAACAUGGACCUCACCCAAGUUCCUGCCAUUGUGCUACUCGAGGACGAGGAUAUCAAGCUUUUGACCCGUGCCAACGAAGUUAUUACCUCGAUGGAACAAAAGGUCAACCUGGACCAAGGGAUAUCCUUGGAAGAGCACAGGGGCUACGCGACAAGAAUCUUGCGGCUCACGGCAUACUCACUGGAGAAAUCUGCGGUCUGGCCUGUCUUCCACCUCAUGGCACGAUGCCUAGAGACACACGCCGGCCAUACUCGGGCCAGAGCUGAGAAGUCAGUGGCUCAAAUAGAAUGA